GACUCACAACAUGUCGCGACUCGCGAGAUUAUCCUUUCUCUCUCUUCACUUCCCCCUCCCUCACUUUCUCUCUCUAAAGCCUCUGCAAAUUCCUCGACCGAGGUUUCGUUCCGUUUCGUACCUUUUGACAGCCAAACAGGGGAAGGAAGGAAGAGCUUCCCAAAACCCUCCCGGCCACACUCCCUUCCCCUCGCCACGGAUACGCCCAAUCGCCGCCCCCCCCUGCGGUGCACCUCUCCGCACUGGAUUGCCCAACCCAUCGAAUCCAAUUUCUAGGGUUUUCAUGUUCGUCGCAGCUUUCAUGUCUUGCGAAUGGAGAUUCUCUCUAGUUUCCUCUCCCUUAACGUCUCCCUCCAGCACUACUUUCACUACUACCUCGUAGCCGCCGUCGCCACCACCCUCUGCCUCCUCCUAACGGUCCGAUCGUCGAGGCUGAGGAGGCCCAAGGCACCCAAAUUCAACCCCCCUAGCCCGGUCCCUCCCUCCUGUGUUUGCCUCUGCACGUGCGGCUCCAAGGCCGACUCCGUCCACCUGAACGGUGGCAACACUGUGGCGGCGGAGAUGAUUGAGAGGGUGCCUGUAGCCAUUGUGGAAAGGCAGACCGGGGCAUCUAUGAUGGAGCAGCUGGUGCCGGAGAUUACGACGCACGCGCUCAGUUACUUGGACUACCCUAGCUUGUGCCGCCUCUCCAUGACCAACUCUCUGAUGCGCAAGGCAGCUAAUGAUGAUAAUGCGUGGAAGGCUCUCUAUCACAAGGAUUUUACGCUGGAACAGGAUACUGUGACACCAGUAAAUGGUUGGAAGGCAUAUUAUGCAGCGACAAGGGCAAUUGUGAAUAUUAACUCAGAAUUCUUUAAAAUCAUUAGAGAAGGGUCCGUUUCAUCAAUGAGGCGUCUUUGGCUAAAUGCUGAUUAUGUGAAGUGUUUUCAUGCCUCGGGAGAAUUUUUUUCUGGUUAUAGUGCUGUCAUACAGAGUUGGCAACUGGCAUUCUGGGAGCAAGGUGUCGACUUCCAGGUGCGGGAUGUUCGGAUCAGGGUUCUGACAGACAUGGCUUGGGUCAGUAUGAAAGCUUUUGUCAACGUGGACAGUGGGCCAUUUGUCAUGACUAACGUCUUUGAAUUUCAUAACGGGCGGUGGUACUUGGUACACCAUCACAGCUCUGUAAUGGUCAUUGUUGGUGAGGUGGAACAACAACAGAAUGUGCAUGGAUAGAACAGGAAGGUGGAUGACUGGAAAUAGAGUCAAGCGGUGCUGUUGACGGAUGAAAUAGCGAUAAUUAUGAGUGAGAGGAAACUGCUUGGGAGAUCUCUCUAUGAUUUCGCUAACGAUAUGCACGAUUUUUGUUUUUCCCUCAAUCCUUUGGUUCAGGUGGUUUUGUGCAUGCUGGUCGGUCUCUUUCUUUUUUUUUUUUUUUUUUUUUUAGCAGAAAUAGCUCUGUAAAUUGUGCUGAACUCUGAAAAAUCUGUUGAGAAUAUAAUACAUGUGAUAGGGACGUAAGUCAAAAUUCAAGGAACCGAACAUUCAUCGGGGUAUGUCAAAACUCUGAUUUUGGGAAGUAUUGAACCAGGCGUCGGGUGGAA